AUGCCCAACAGAGUGGUCUGCUGGGAAGCCAGUCAGGCCAGGAGCUGGUACCCGGCCUCAGGACCUCAGCUGGAUGCACAGUUAGAAGGUCGGCUUUCACAAGUGCAGUCUACAAAGAUAUCUGCCAGAACCAUUACUGCACCCCACACAGGAUAUGCGCACUGUGGGUCUUGUGCUGCCCAGGCUCACAGACAAGUGGAUCCAUGGAUUACCUGGAGAAUUUCCCCCAUGGGCCGUCUCCUCGCGCCCUUCUCUCCAUGUACACUUCCCAGUGUGGAUGUACAUAGAGUCCUUCUGUAUGACCUUCGUAUUGGCCGAGACAUUUAUGAAGAACUGUGGAGAACAGGAAUGUGAGAGCGCAUGCCUCUGCAGACACGUGAAGAUGAACACGGUAUUGAAAGGCAUCUGCCUCAUCCCGCUAAAGCCAUGGAAAGCCAUAAGGAUGAGGUUACCGUUAUUCCUGUACUGGUUGGAGCUCUGAGUGAGUCAAGAGGACAGGAAUUGGAAAAACUCUUCAGUAAAUGUCUAGCAGAUCCUAGGAAUCUCUUUGUGGUUUCUUCUGAUUUCUGCCAUUGGGGUCCAAGGUUCUGUUACAGUCAGUAUGAUGUAUCCCAGGGAGAGAUUUAUAGAUCCACUGAACAUCUAGAUAAAAUGAGCAUUAGUGUUAUAGAACAAUUAGACCCUGUGUCUUUUACCAAUUACUUGAAGAAAUACCAUAAUACAGUACGUGGAAGCCAUCCCAUUGGGGUGUGAUUAAAGGCUAUCACAGAGCUCCAGAAGUAUGGGAUGAAUAUGAGCUUUUCAUUUUUGAAUUAUGCCCAGUCAAGCCAGUGUAGAAGCUGGCAGGAGUCCCUGAGUUAUGCAGCUGGAGCACUCACAGUCCCUGAAGCUCUGAAUCAUCGGGGAUGCCACCUGCACAUACUCAUACUCUGUGUGGGGCGCUCAGAGAGGGUAAGCGGUCGCCUGCGGCUGCACAGCCUAAGGGACCUUGCUGAACGCUGCCCUCGCUUUCCGGGGGAAGCCUUUGAUAAGAGAUUUAGACGCUCGGACAGCUGGGACCGAACACUCCUGUCCCGCAGUGACAGCAGGGCGCCGCGUGCUGACUUCGCACGGGCCUUGGAAGCAGAGCUGGGGUUUGAACUGCGCUUUGUAGUCUUGCAGCUAGGAGACCUCGGAUCAAGGGAGAAGAUGGGUGGAUGUGGGAGUAGCUUCGAGAGGGUCUCCAAGUGGGUGACAGUCAGGGCCUGGGGCCUGGCAAAGGAAAGAUGGAGCGUCCUAGGCGAGGGCCGCCGAGUGGCCGUACCUGAGUGCUGCACGAGGCGUAAAGUGAGCCCGGAGGAGGCAGAGCUGGAUCUAGACGGGAAUCUGGGAGGACUUCCUGCAAGAGGGGGUCUGGGCCGGCCCGCGGUUGCGGGCGCAGUAGUGGGUCUCCUCCAGCCCCCGACCGCCUGCCGCUCUACCGCGGCGCGUUCUCCCGCUGCAGCUCGGGAGCUCUCCGCGGUGCUGAAUGUGGCUCGUGGAGAGGUCUACCCGCGGUAG